AUGUCAGCUGAAGUAGCUAUUGCCCUUCGAGCUUCUUUUGUUAGACCUAGAGUCAGGAGACGUAUCAUUUCUGAAGAUGAAGCUGAAAUUUCUCCUACCCGUGCCUCCUCUCCGGUUAAUAUUGUUUCCGAUGAUGAAACCAUCCCCAGGGACACCAUUGAAUCCACUCAACGUCUCUUCACUAAGGGUUUCGAAAGUGGUGAUCUAGGUCCGGUUUUAGAUGAGGUUCCUCUUUCCUCUUCCAUUCCUAUUCCUUCUAUUCCUUCUUUAGUUUCAAGUACAUCUUUGCCCAUUUUAUCUGUUCCUGCUUCUUUGCCAAUUUCUGCUCCUUUACCUGCUUCGACUCCCUCGACUCCUGUUAUUUUCACCUCUUCUACCGUUCCUCCUUCUAUAGCUCCCCUUUUCUCUGUUCAGCAUGCAGAGGAGGGUUUUAGUAGCAGAAGUUUAGCUAUGAGGAGUGUAACACUUGAGGCCAACCUUAUUGGCACGGAGUUGAUGGGAAGAAUUUCCCUUUUAGAAAACAAGGCUCGUGAAUCUGAUAAGACUAUUCUCGAGGCUGAGAGGGUAGCUAAGGAAGCCCAGCUGGAGCAAAAGCGGACUCUGACUUCGGAUUUAGCGAAGGCCAAGGCUUCUUCUAGUAAAGCCGAGAAGGACAAGGAGCGCCUCGAGUGUUCCUUUUCAAAGCAAUUAUCAAAGUCAAGUGAAGAAAUCAGAGAACUUAAAGCACUCUUGAACAAGAAAGAAGAAUAUGCAGGAGAGUUAGUACAAAACUUGACUCAAGCUCAAGCUGAUUUGAAGAUCUCCUCUGAUAAGGUUCAUGCAUUGGAGAAUGAAGCUCCCGUGACUGAAGAACCUUUAAAUGAAGAAGCUGCUGCUGUGACAAUUGAAGUUGAAAAUGUUGCUAUUCCAGCUCCCGAGGGUGAAACUUCUAUGAAUCGGUUUGAGGAAGCUGACGCUUCCGUGGCUCUUGCUCCCCUCGAAGAAUCUACCAUUUCAAUCCCAGCUGAAACCGCUUCUGUUGCUGUUUCUUCAGAAGUUACCGUUCCUGAAAGUGAAACUGAUAUCACAACUUCUGAUGCUCCAGCCCCUCAGUGA